AUGGCUGCUGCUGCUGCUGCUGCUGCUGCCCCAACGGGCAUGUCUGAUGGCUCUUUCACAGAUAAGGGAAAGCCUACCGAAGUCAGACUGUCAAACAUGAACGCUGCAAAGGCCGUUGCCGAUGCUGUUAGAACGAGUUUAGGACCUAAAGGAAUGGAUAAAAUGAUACAAACUUCAACUGGAGAAGUAGUCAUUACUAAUGAUGGAGCUACCAUCCUUAAACAUAUGGCAGUCUUACAUCCUGCCGCUAGAAUGCUGGUCGAACUGUCACAAGCACAAGAUAUCGAAGCUGGAGACGGAACAACCAGUGUUGUCGUACUUGCUGGAAGUUUAUUAAAUGCCGCUGAGAAACUGCUCAAUCAAGGUAUUCACCCUACUACCGUUGCUCAAUCAUUCCAGAAAGCGGCCACUAAGUCCGUUGAAUUCUUGAACGAUAUGAGUAUCCCUGUAGAUUUGAAUGAUAGAGAAAGUUUACUUAAAGCCGCUAGAACAAGUUUGAACUCGAAAAUCGUAUCUCAAUACUCCUCCACCUUAGCUCCUAUCGCUGUAUCAGCAGUAACACGACUCGUAUCAUCCGCUUCCCAUAACGUCGAUCUCCGAGAUAUCAGAAUAGUCAAGAAAGUCGGUGGUACUAUUGAUGAUACGGAAUUGAUCGAGGGAUUAGCGUUAAACCAAAUCGCUAUGAGUAAUGCAGGUGGUCCAACAAGGAUGGAAAAGGCUAAGAUUGGUUUGAUUCAAUUCCAAUUAUCAAGUCCCAAGCCUGAUAUGGACAACCAAAUCGUCGUGAAUGAUUAUCGACAAAUGGAUAAAAUCCUCAAAGAAGAAAGACAGUAUUUACUCAACUUGUGUAAAAGAAUCAAGAAAACAGGAUGUAAUGUCCUUUUAAUCCAAAAAUCAAUCCUCCGUGAUGCUGUCACAGAUCUAUCAUUACAUUUCCUAGCAAAACUCAAGAUAUUAGUGAUAAAAGAUAUUGAAAGGGAUGAAAUCGAUUUCAUUUCAAAAUCAACAGGUGCAAAACCAGUCGCUGAUAUCGAGGCUUUCACAGAAGAUAAAUUAGGUUAUGCUGAAUUAGUUGAAGAAACUUCUCAAGCAGGUGCUAAAGUAGUUAAAGUUACAGGUGUGAAGAAUCCAGGUAAAACUGUUAGUGUAGUUUGUACAGGUGCAAACGAAUUAGUUUUAGAAGAAAGUGAAAGAUCUUUACAUGAUGCUUUGUGUGUCGUAAGAUGUUUAGUCAAAAAGAGAGCUUUAAUCGCAGGAGGAGGUGCACCUGAAAUCAACGUUUCAAGAUUAUUGACAGAAUACGCCCAUACAUUAAAAGGAAAAGAAGCGUAUUGUUUCCAAUCUUUCGCUGAAGCUCUAGAAAUCAUUCCUACCACGUUGGCUGAAAAUGCGGGUUUGAAUCCUAUUGCUAUCGUGACUGAAUUAAGGAAUAAACAUGCUUUGGGAGAUAAGAAUGCCGGUAUCAACGUUAAGAAGGGAAUUAUUUCAAAUAUUCUUGAAGAAAAUGUAGUUCAACCUUUAUUAGUAUCAACUAGUGCAUUAGAGUUGGCAGCUGAGACAGUAGCGUUGAUUUUGAGAAUCGAUGAUAUCCAAUUUACACGAUAG